AAGGGCUUGUACCCUGAACCAGGUGCAAAUGCAUCAACUAAAAAUGGAGGAGGUGCGAAGAAAACAGAACACCACUGGGCACUCUGUAAGGUUCUGUUUGAUGGCCAUGAGGAGUAUGGCAGUGCGUUCAAAAUCGUACUUGGCAACCCAAAAGAAAAAGCCUUACGACAAGCAUGGGUGCAAAAGAUCAAAAACUGA